AUGACAAUAUCAGCAGCAGCCGCAGCAACAACAACAAUUGGAUUAACAACAUCAACAACAACAACAACAAUACACAACAAUAUUGCAAAUCGCUUGCCAGGCAAAUCGCUGAAAUAUGAAAAACUCAUUAAACAGCCGCAAAUGCAGUCGGGCACGACGAGCGUGACCGGCACCCAAACGGAUGGGGAUGCGGAUGCGAAUGCGGAUGCUGAUGCAUACUCGAAUGGGGAUGUGGAUGCGGAUGGGGAUGGAGACGCAGGCUUCGUCGAUUGCGGCCAUCUCAGCAAGCAUUUCGACAAUGACCAUGCAACGUCCCCCGACCUGCUUGCAACAACAAAUACAACCAUUAUCACAGACCACAGUCCGCUGCUGCCGUUCGAGCACACAUCCAACGGGUUUUUGGCUAGCGGCAUUGUCACGUACAAGGCCAAAACAAAUGGCAGCAACUACGACUUCAACUCUACCUCAUCAGCGACCAUUGGCAGCAGCAGUUCUGGCAAUGGAAAUGGCAGCUCGUCCAUUUCUAAUUCGCUGUGCCAUUGUUGUAAUUUAAUUGCACGCCGCUGCAUUGGCAUCAAUGUACGACGAUGUGUCCUCGCCCUGUUUGCCAUCACCGUGAUUAGCAUUUUCUACUACACGCAUUACGUGGGCACCGAUGUGUUCGAUGGCCUCAUACAGCGCGAUACGCAUCCGGCGCCCAUUGUCAACUGUCGUAUGAUGAACGCAGCUGGGAAACACAUAAGGGAUGCAUCGCCAGCACCAGAUCAUCGGUCGGAGGCGCGUCUACGCAUCGAUCCCAAGGUGCUGGUUUUUGUGGAGACAACGUAUUCGGGUCUGGGGCGGGACAUUGCCGAGCUGCUCGUAUACAAUCGAAUCAAAUACAAAAUCGAAGUAGCUGGCAAAAGUUUGCCGGUGCUGACAAAUCUGGACAAGGGUCGCUAUGGCGUAAUUGUCUUUGAGAAUCUGGACAAGUACCUCAAUAUGGACAAGUGGAAUCGUGAACUGCUGGACAAAUACUGUCGCGAGUACUCCGUGGGCAUUGUGGGCUUUGUCAGUCCCAGCGAGGAGACCCUUGUCGGUGCCCAGCUGCGCGACUUUCCGCUCUUCGUGCACACCAAUCUGCGACUGCGAGAUGCCAGUCUCAAUCCCGGCUCGUCGGUGCUGCGACUGACGCGUGCCGGGGAAACGGCUUGGGGUGCCUUGCCCGGCGAUGAUUGGGCCGUAUUCCAGCACAAUCACAGCACCUAUGAGCCGGUGGAGUGGGCACAGCGCAACACGCAGGAGUAUCCAGCGGAUAGUGUGGGCCAGGUGCAGCUGCCACUGACCACAGUGCUUCAGGAUCGGGGUCAACUGGAUGGCAUACAGCGUGUGUUGUUUGGCAGCAGUCUGCGCUUUUGGUUGCAUCGUUUGGUCUUUCUGGAUGCGCUCAGCUAUCUCAGUCAUGGUCAGCUGAGUCUCAGUUUGGAGCGCAUGAUCCUGGUGGACAUUGACGACAUCUUUGUGGGUGAGAAGAGCACGCGCCUGCGGCCGGACGAUGUGCGUGCUCUGAUUGCCACACAGAAGAUUAUUGCCGGCAUGGUGCCCGGUUUCCGUUUCAAUUUGGGCUUCUCCGGCAAGUAUUAUCACCAUGGCACUCGCGAGGAGAAUCUGGGCGAUGAUUUUCUGCUGCAGAAUGUGCAGGAGUUCAACUGGUUCUCGCACAUGUGGAAGCACCAGCAGCCGCAUCUGUACGACAAUCUCACCAUGCUCACCGCCGAGAUGCAGCUAAAUUUUGCCUUCGCCAAGGAGCAUAAUAUACCCACCAAUUCGGGGUAUUCCAUAUCGCCGCAUCACUCGGGUGUCUAUCCGGCCCAUGAGCUGCUGUAUCUUGCCUGGAAGCAGGUGUGGAACGUGAAGGUCACCUCGACGGAGGAGUAUCCACAUUUGCGACCCGCACGCCUGCGUCAUGGCUUCAUCCAUCGGAACAUUAUGGUACUGCCCAGGCAGACAUGUGGCCUAUUUACCCAUACGAUGUAUAUAGAUCGCUAUCCGGGCGGACGGGACAAACUGGAUGAGUCGAUACAGGGCGGCGAACUGUUCCAGACUAUCGUCUAUAAUCCCAUCAACAUAUUUAUGACGCACAUGUCCAACUAUGGCUCCGAUCGCCUGGCGCUGUACACAUUCCAAUCGGUCAUCAAGUUCCUGCAGUGCUGGACCAAUCUGAAGCUGGCCUCCGCACCGCCCAUUCAAUUGGCCGAAAUGUACUUUCGCCUACAUCCUGAGGAGGUUGAUCCCGUCUGGGGCAAUCCCUGUGACGAUCUGCGUCACAGGAAGAUCUGGUCCAAGAACAAGAACUGUGACUCUCUGCCCAAAUUCCUGGUGAUCGGGCCACAGAAAACGGGCACCACCGCCCUCUACACAUUCCUCUCCAUGCACGGCAGCAUUGCCAGCAAUAUUCCCAGUCCCGACACCUUCGAGGAGGUGCAGUUCUUCAAUGGCAACAACUACUAUCGUGGCCUCGACUGGUACAUGGACUUCUUUCCAGCGGACACGCUGCCCAACACCAGCUCCCCGAUGCCAACCACAGUGGGCUCCCCGCGCUACAUGUUCGAGAAGAGCGCCACCUAUUUCGAUGGCGAGGCGGUGCCAAAGCGGGCUCAUGCCCUGCUCCCCCAUGCCAAAAUCGUCACCAUACUGAUAUCGCCAGCGAAGCGUGCCUAUUCCUGGUAUCAGCAUCAGCGCGCUCAUGGCGAUGUCAUUGCCAACAACUACAGUUUCUAUCAGGUCAUCACGGCUAGCGAUUCGGCGCCGCGUGCAUUGAAGGAUUUGAGGAAUAGGUGCUUGAAUCCGGGUAAAUAUGCACAGCAUUUGGAGCACUGGCUGGCUUACUAUCCAGCCCAGCAGCUGCAUAUCAUCGAUGGCGACCAAUUGCGGCUGAAUCCCAUCGAUGUGAUGAACGAGCUGCAGCGCUUCCUGAAAAUCCAACCACUGCUCGACUAUUCGAAUCACCUUCGCUACGAUGUGAAGAAGGGCUUCUACUGUCAGGCUGUCAGCGAGAAGCGCAAUAAAUGCCUCGGCAAGUCCAAGGGGCGACAAUAUCCUCAAAUGGAUGAGCGCAGUGCCAAGCUGUUGCAGCGAUAUUAUAUGAAUCACAAUACGGCGCUGGUGAAGCUGCUGAAGAAGCUCGGCUCGCGUCCAAUACCGCAAUGGCUCAAGGAUGAUUUGUCAACGGGCACGUGAUAGCAGCUGUUUGGGGGCGUAGCCAUUGGAAUUGGCAUUGGGAUUGGCAUCGGCAACAGCAAAUAUCGCAAAUUACGUGCGAAACUCAGGAAACAAAUGUAUUGCCUGCAAUUGGCGGCGACAGCAGCAGCGACGUUGACAGCGACAGCGACAACAACAGCACCUCAAACUAUGCCAAGCAGUAAAGCAAGCAGUGCAACUGGCAGCAGCAGCAGCAGC